GAAGGGACAGCUGUAAAAUUGAUAUCAGAGGAAGAGCCAAGUAGUCAGGAUGGCUUCGAAAGGAAUCCACCAUCGGUGACAUCAGAGGAAGAGCCAAGUAGUCAGGAUGGCUUCGAAAGGAAUCCACCAUCGAAUAUUUAUAAGCAAAUCCCAGCACAGGACAUUGGUUAUUUAUCAAUAACUAAAUAUCAAAGAGGAGAAAAAAUGUCAUCUCAGGAAAAAGAUUUUUCUAAGGAAUGCCCUCAAUCAAAGCCCACCAUUGUAAAGGAAGAGUCUGUUUCAAAGGAGGCCUGGGAUAUGAGUCCUGUGAAAUCAUUUUUAGAAGAUACUCCUAAAGACUAUCUUCUCUCAAAGUCUACAGUUGAGAAAAACGAUUACGUUCCAAAUGAAGUCUCUGAUAUAAAGCACGGGAAAUGGUUCCAAGAAAAUUGUUCUAAGGAAUGUGUUCAAUUGAAGCUUCCCAUUAAAGAGAGAGAUUCUUUUCCAAGAGAAGCACCACCAGUUAAGCAAGCAAAAUCACACUGUGCAGAUGAGCCUGCAUUUGUAAAGAAUUCUAGCAGAAUUACAAGAUGUAUAAGACAAAAUGCAGAAUCAUCUGUAAAAGUGACAUCAGAGGACGAUCAAAAAUGCCCCUAUGGCCAUGAGAAGAAUCAGAGAGUGCAGGCUGCGUUCAAAGGACCUCAACCAAAGGACAUUGGCUAUUUAUCCAUGGAUAAUGAUGAAAGUAGAGAAAAUUCUGCAGAAAGCCAAGAGGAAGAUUUAUGAACUACUGUAUUUUCUAUCUAAGUCCGUACAGCCUUCAACCGAAGAAGAUUCUUCUCCAAACAAAGUAUCAGCAACAAAGACAGUGAAAUCCUUCCUCACAGCAGAACCAACUACAAACGUAUCAAAAGGAGAACAAGAAUGGUGUGAUAGCAGAAAUAUGCAAAGACAGGGCAUUGGCAAUUUCUUUUUGGCUGAAGAUCAAAGGUAUGACAGCAGCAUCCAAGAUGAGGAAGAAGACUUUCCUGAAGGAUAUGUUCAAUUGAAGCCUUUGGACAAAGAGGAAGCUACUAUUGCAUGUGAAGCACCAGCAAAGAAAGAAGUAAAAACAUAUGUCACAGAACCAGAUGAAAACUUGUCAUCAGAGGAAGAGCAAGAGUGGCUUGAUUAUAGUGAAGAGGAACAUUCAGAGUUCCAGGUGGAGAAUCCACAUACUGUCUGGUUGGAGCACGUUUCAAGUGAGUCUCAACCAAGGAGCAUUGCACAGUUACCCAUGCCUAAAGAUGAAAGAGGAGGAAAUGUCAUAAUUGGCCAAGAGAAAGGCUUUCCCACUGAAUAUCCUGAAUUAAAGGCUUCCAUUGAAAAGCAAGAUUUUGUACCAACUGAAAACUCAACACGGAAUCAGGAAACAUCAUUAUUGGCAGGACCCAAAACUGAACAGCUCUGGUCAGCGGAGGAACAGACAGGAUGGCGUGGCAGUUAUAAGAAGCAGUGGAAGGUUAUAUUUGAGAGACUUCAACUGAAACGGAAUGCUCGAGUGUCAAUAGACUCACCCCAAAUUGUAAAAAAUACAAGAGCUGCUGAAUACAGAGGAGCCAUGACAAUCCAACAAAGGCCAGAGGAGGACCAGACAGGAUGGUACGCAACUGAUAAGACGCAGCAAAAGCAGCCUGUCUUUGAGCAACUUCAGUGGAGAUGCAGUGCUCAAACGUCUGUGGAUCCUGAAGAAAGUGGAGACAAUACAGGAGCCUCUCCAGAGAAAGGAGCCACAACCAUCCAACUAAAGUCAGAGGAGGACCGGACAGGAUGGUAUGCCGUUGAGAAGAAGCAGCAAAAGCCCAUUGUUGAGCGAUUUCAACCAAGGUGGAAUACUAGAGUGUCUUUCAAUCCUGAAGAAAGUGGAGAAAACACGAGAGUUGCUGAAGAGAAAGGAGCUACGACAGUGCAACUAAGGCCAGAGGAGAACCAGAUGGGACGGGAUGGCAGUGACAAGAUUCAGUGGAAGCCAAUCCUUGAGCGACUUCAGCUGAAGUGGAGUGCCCGUGUGUCUGUGGGUCCUGAAAAAAGCAGAAGACACAGAGAAGCUGGUGAAGGGAAAGUAGAACAACUUUCAUCAGCAGAACAAACAGGAUGUCAUAGCAGUGUGAAGAAGCCACGGUUGAAUAUCCUGGAGCAACUUCAACGAAAGUGGAGUGCUCGAGUAUGCAUGAAAACAAAUCAAAGGGGAGGCAAGACAAAAGCUGCUCAGAUGGCAUACUCUCCUGAUGAAUAUCCUGAAUUGAAGCCCACACAGACUACCACUGAGAAGCAAGAUUCUGUACCAGUUGAAGACCCAGUAAUGAAUCAUGAAAUAUCAUUCAUGGCAGAAUCCAACUUACAAGUGAAAUCAAAGGAAAAGAAACAAACUCAGACCUAUGAAAAUAUUCAGUCAGUUCAUGUUUUCAAUCAUCUUCAACCAAAGGGUAUUGAUCAUUUGUCCAUGACUGCAGGUCAAAGAAGCAAAAGUAGCAGAGAAGAGGAAGAGCCACACUUAAACAUGGCAUCAAGGGUCGAACAAAACGGGCUUUACAGCAGUGAGAGCAGUCAGUCAUUGGUUGAGGCAAAAACAAAGAACCAUGAAAGCAACAGAACAGUCAGAGCAGACCCCUCUGAUGCUGCUGCUGCUGGGGCUGCUGCUGCUGCUGCUGGGGCUAGGGCUGCUGCUGCUGCUGGUGGCGGUGUUCCUGCUGGUGCUGCUGCUGCUGCUGCUGCUGGGGCUGAGGCUGCUGUUGGUGCUGCUGCUGCUGGUGUUCCUGCUGCUGCUUCUGGAAUGGAUGAACUGGUUCUACAGAGAAAAUCUGGUGAAAUUAAUAACCAGGGAAUUAUUAAGGAGAAUGCAAAGCAUGACCGGCCCCGAAAGAAAACAUCUAAGGAAAAACAUAAGGUAACAAAAGAAGUCAGAGCUAUGGUUGAUGUAACUCCUUUAUCUGAAUCAGUCUCAGAGGAUGAUUCUGGAAGCUCAUUUAAAAGACAGGAUUCACUUAACUCAUAUAACACGUCAAUAGAUCUUAAAAAAGUUAAUGAACUUCUUAGAAAAAGAAAUAAAAAACUAGAAAAUGAGAAGAAUGCUCUGAAGAAGGAAAUAUCAGCAGCGAGAGAGGAGAAAUCAAAGUUAGAGGAUGAAAUUGUGCAAGAGGAUGAAGAAUUCUGGAACCUGAGGUUCACGCUAAGAAAGGAACUCAAGGAGACGAGGAAUAUCCAUUGCAUUUAUGAGAUGAUGAAGAAACAUUUAAGUGAAAAAGAAAAGUACCACAGGGAGAGAGCUGCAGCGACUCAGUACAUGAUGCAUAUGAUGACACGAGACCUGGAACUGCAGAAUACAAGGGACACCCUGAAGGAGUUGCAGGAAGCACAGGAUCAACACAUAGGAACUAUAAAAAUUGCCCAGAAGACAAAAGAUGACUUACAAAGGGUUGAACAUGAAAAUUCUGAGUUAAAGGUUAAAGUUAAAGAGCAAGCUAAGGAGAUCGAGAAGCUUAGCGGAUAUCUGCGAAACUCACCUGAGAGAGUGAAACAAAGUUCAAAGCAGACACACGCAGGAGUUGGAGAACCUUUGGAGGUAUCAUGUAAGAACAACAUUUCCCCAGUGAAUCAGAGAGGAAUCAGAAUCCAAAGUCUGCCGUCCGAACCCUCCCAAAGUAAACCGGUACAAGACCCAAAUACAAGCGCCCUGAAAAGCUAUGAGCAACAGUGUAUAGAAGAAUUAAGAAUUAGCAAUGCAUUAUUAUAUGAACGAUACAAUCUCCACAGGAAUAGGAGGCUAAAGGAAUCCCGCACUAAAGUUCACAUCACAGUGGAGCAGGGCACAUCUCCUCUGAAUACAUCAGAAACACGUUUUUCUCUUGAAAGCCCUUGUGUGGCAUGCACUUGCCCUCACCAAUAUUCCUUCCCACAUGAGGCUGUGGCUCUCCCAGGAAAUCCAAGGUCUUCUAACUACUGCUCACAAAGCUACCAGAGGACGAUUGAAGAAGAUGACAAAUCAGUCAAAGAACUUACAGAAUUAAAACAGUCUUUAGAAUGUAAAUUGUGUCACCAGAAGAGGAAAAACGAUGAAAUAGAAAAGGAGAUUAUUGGAAUUAAGAAAUUUUUGAAAAUGAAAAAAAUUGGGCAUAAAACUGGAGAAUGUAGUUCUCGUGGACAUUCAAGAACUGGGCAGUUUUGAGACACUAAGAAUGUGGCUAGACUUAGUCACAUGACUUGGUGGGCAGAUACAGCAUAUUUCCCCCAUGGCUACAGGACUCAGUAUGGAAGGCAUUCUUGAUAUAUUCUAGUGACAUCUCCUGGGACCACAGCAUCUGCACUGAACAUCUAGUUAACUUCUCUAACUGCAGCCUUGGAAAUCUGGCCUCAGCUGAAGCAACAGCCCUGGUCUAGGUGCCUCCUACUGUGAAGAUGACAAAGCAUUGCCCUUAAUAAUGUUUUUAAUUAAAAAGCAAAUUAUUACCUUUC